CAAUACCAUGAUGACAACAGGCAUACUGAUCACGGUGGUGGCUAUGCUAUUGUUUCCACCACUCGCCACCCUAACCGCCACCGCAGCAUCAUCGUUGUCACAUCCAUCUCACCACAUCCUUGACGUCCAAGAAAUCUUACACACCACAACAUCAUCCCACGUACCCCAAACACAACUUUUUGAUCAUGAAAUAUCAGAAUCCGAUGACAGCAAACGGUGGAAGCUUAACCUUGUCCACCGUGACAAGCUGUCGGAGCACCAUGGCGAUCAUAGGCGGCGGGUGGAAGCGCGGUUGAAGAGGGAUGUGAAAAGGGUGGCGUUUUUGAAUAGUCGGAUUGGUAAUGGUAGUUACACUGCCGGUGGUGGUGGAGGAGGGCGGUUCGAGGUGGAGGAUUUCGGGUCGGAGGUGGUUUCCGGCAUGCAACAGGGAAGUGGAGAGUAUUUUGUGAGGAUAGGGGUUGGAAGUCCGGCCCAGAGUCAAUACAUGGUGGUUGACUCCGGUAGCGAUGUUGUUUGGGUGCAAUGCUUGCCAUGCAAGCAAUGUUAUCAACAGUCGGACCCACUUUUUGACCCGGCUAACUCGGCUUCUUUUACCGCCGUGUCAUGUGGGUCUGCUGUUUGUGAACAUGCAGAGACUGCAGUUGGGUGUCGUGGCCACGGUGGUGGUCGGUGGUGUGGGUAUGAGGUUUCGUAUGGUGACGGGUCCUACACGAAGGGAACGUUGGCACUCGAGACCCUCACCUUCGGCAAUACCUUCAUUCAAAAGGUUGCCAUCGGUUGUGGUCAUAGAAACCAAGGGUUGUUUAUAGGAGCCGCUGGAUUACUUGGCAUCGGCGGUGGCUCAAUGUCGUUAGUGAGUCAACUUGGUGGCGCAUCCGAUGGUGCGUUUAGCUAUUGUCUUGUUAGUAGGGGAACAGGCUCCCCUGGCUCGUUGGAAUUCGGGAGAGAAUCUCUCCCGACAGAUAGUGCAGUUUGGGUCCCACUACUAAGAAACUCGAGAGUCCCUACUUUUUAUUAUGUAGGGCUUUCAGGUCUUGGUGUGGGAGGGGUUCAGGUGAGCAUACCAGAACCCAUUUUUCAAUUGAGCGACAUGGGCCAUGGGGGAGUUGUUAUGGACACGGGGACAGCCGUCACGAGACUUCCAACCGCUGCCUAUACCACUUUUCGUGACGCUUUUAUCUCGCAAACCACCAACCUACCUCGUGCUCCCCCGGUUAGCAUGUUUGAUACGUGUUACGACCUAAACGGGUUUGUCACGGUUCAAGUACCCACCGUAUCAUUCUACUUCACCGGUGGACCCGUUUUAACGCUUCCGGCUAGGAAUUAUUUAAUUCCAGUGAACGACGUGGGAACAUUUUGUUUCGCCUUUGCCCCAACUUCAUCGGGGCUAUCCAUAAUUGGAAAUAUCCAACAAGAAGGCAUUCAAAUUUCUUUUGAUUCCACAAACGGGCGAAUGGGAUUUGGGCCGAAUGUUUGUUGACUAAAAUGACAUAUUUUGCAAUCAACAACUAUGUACUACGUGGCCAUGUGUCACAAAAUACCUACAUUUGUGACAAUACACUUAGAUUGUCACAAAUGAUUGUGUAGUCGGUAUAUAGUAGUAGUUAAUGGUAUUUGCGUACGGAUGAAUAGUAGUCGAGUUUGUGCUUAUUGUAUCAUGGUAGCUUUAUUUCCUUACGACGAAUCUCUAUCAUCUUGAUGAAUUCGUCAAUUAUUGUAUGUAUAAAGUAAUGGUUUUAUUUUACGAUUACACGAUGCGAUCUUUUCCCUA